UUGUUCUCGUACCGUGAGCUGGUCCCCGGCAGAAGCUGCUGACGGCUGAAACUUUUCUCAACUCUAAAUCCAUGAGCGAGCGGACAAUGUACGUGGUAAAACACCAAACCUACACAGUAUCAAGAUCGCAAAUGAAAAACGUGCCUUUCCUAAGAGGAAUCCGUGGCGGUCUGGUUUUGCAUAUUUGAUGUGUUCACCGUGCGCCCGAGCUGACAGCGCCGCGUGCUUCCGUAUGGUCACGUUAUUAAGCUCGUGGACUAACGGUGGAGGGCGUCGGGUUCAUGCGCCAACUGGAAACCCUGCCCGUGGGCUACAAAAGACGUGAAGAUGGCAUUAAAAAAAUGUGCGAGUGGUGCUGACUCGGUUUAGGCGAACAGGAACAUAAGACGCAAAACGCUUGGGCGGAUCGCUUACACACGCCUGUCGCGAGCGAAAGGAUGGCGGUCACGAAUACUUUUGGAGACGCGGAAACCAGCUGUCUGUAGAUUUGCAUGUAAUUUCCACAUUUUGCUUUUUACUGUGUACAGUGUUAAGGUUACAUAUAUAUAUAUUUGAGUUGGGGUUGUAAACCUGUGCAGAAGAAAAUUUCUGCUGGAUUCUAGAGUUAUUCAGCCACGGUACCUCGUUCCGGUUUGUCGUAUUUAUGCUAUAAUGCUGGCAGAAAGUGUCUAAUGGAUUCAUAUAGCGAUCAACAGAGCGAGGAUGGGAAUACGCAUCAGAUACCCUAAACUGUUUCUGCUCCUAAUGUCAGCGCUGGUGCUGGUCCUCUGCUUGUACAUGAGAACGUACGGGAGCAAUGAGGUAGUAGUUAGGAGCUCGCUGGACACACGUCGCCUCACCGAGCAGCACGGCAUCGACUGCUCGGCAGUUUACAACAUGGACCCCGUGGCCCUGGGCAAAUCGUUAGCGCUCCGAAAACGGGGCGUGACGAUGGCGAGCGACGCGAGCGUGGCAAACGCCACCUCUGACUGCGCCCGCUACCUGGCGUCCCGGGGCUAUGGCGAGGCGCACGUGUCGGAGGCGGAGCGCGAUUUCCCGCUGGCCUACUCACUGGUGGUGCACAAGGACGCCGCCAUGGUGGAGCGUAUCCUGCGCGCCGUGUACAUGCCCCACAACGUCUACUGCCUGCACUACGACCUGAAGUCUCCGGCGGUCUUCGCGGAGGCGAUGCGCGGCCUGGCGCGCUGCCUGCCCAAAUUGACCGUGGCGUCGCAGCUGGAGCAUGUGCAGUACGCCGGCAUCUCCCGCCUUCACGCCGACCUCAACUGCCUGAAGGACCUGGCCAACUCGCCCGUGCCCUGGCGCUACGCCAUCAACCUGUGCGGCCAGGACUUCCCGCUGCGUUCCAACAGCGAGCUGGUGCGCGAGCUGCGGGCGCUGGGCGGCGCCAGCAUGCUGGAGACGGUGCGGCCCAGCAACGCCAAGAAGCAGCGCUUCAGCGUGCGCUACAUCCUCAGGGACAAGAACGCGCAGUACCACCCGCUCCCGGUCAGGACGGCCGAGGCCAAAGCCCCGCCCCCGCACGGCAUCCAGGUGUUCGUCGGCAGCGCCUACUUCACGCUCGCCCGAGAAUUCGUGACCUUUGUGCAGCAGAGCCGGCUGGCGAAGGACUUCCUGGCGUGGUCCGAGGACACCUACUCGCCAGAUGAGCAUUUCUGGGCCAGCCUGAUCCGCGUGCCGGAAGCGCCGGGCGCGGUGGGCCUCUCUGAGCCAGACAUCUCGGACCUGACGAGCAAGACGCGUGUGGUGAAGUGGGAGUACCUGGAACACAGGCUCUACCCAGCAUGCACCGGGGUGCACCUACGCAGCGUGUGCAUUUACGGCGCCGCCGAGCUCCGCUGGCUCCUGGAUGGACGCCACUGGUUCGCUAACAAGCUGGACCCCAAGGUGGACCCCAUCCUCAUCGAAUGCCUGGAAGAGAAACUGGCUGAGAGACAGAGGACAUCUGGGGCACACUGACGCCAUCUUCUCCCCUCACCCUGGGGGUCAUUCAUUCAUUCAUUCACCAGCCUUCUAGGAUAUUGUGGCAACUUUUACGUUUUUAGGUUGAUUGUAUUACAUUUUAGUUAGGAAGGUAAUUCUAGUCAGGGAGGUUUACACUGGAACAAAAACCCUUCACAGGGUUGAAGUACCGAACUCCCAGUAUCCCACAUCGACUGGUACUAAUUAGCCCGUUUGGAAAACGCGAACCCCAGCCUGCUACAGGCGGAGGCUCCGUGGCUCCACCCUGGGCAGGCCUUGGGGUCACUCCUGUUCUCUUUUGUGGUUAAAAGGCUUCUUGAAAUACUUUGUGGUUAUUGAGAAUUAUUUUGCAAGACUUGUCAAUAAUGAACCUCAACUCUUUUAUAAUUUAUUUGUCAUUUGUUUGCUUUAUUUUUAAUAAAAUUCUUCGAGGUGGCUCUUUAA